AAACUGUUUUGUCCAUGUUACACUAAAUUCGAACUCUAGAACUAAGAUGUAAAAUAUCUCAAUUCUAUAUUAUAAUUGAAUUGGCAAAGAAUCGAAAAACAUUUUCUAUGUGUUAACUUUAGUGAUCAUAUUGAUCGUACAUCAUUAAAUAGCACAAAUCGAGAAGUUGUUUCAACAGUUGUUCAUAUAUUUGCAAUAAUUUUAAUGAAAAUCAUUUUGUAAAAAUAAAGUAUAUUUCGUCUCUUACAGGUGGUAUUUAUCGUACUGAGAAACGUAUACUGGUUCUACUAUGGUUGAAAUGCAAAAUGGUGUUCCAAAUCGUCCAAUUCAUAUUCAUGUUGCAUCUGAUCAACUUCAAGAAUAUGCUUUUCCCAGGAGACAAUAAUUAAAAUUAGCUAAUGAUCGAUGUAUGUGUGUUUGUAAGUAUAAAUUUGAAACAAGAAAAAAAGAAAAAAAUAUUCUUUUAUUUAUUUUUAGCACUAUUAUCAUCAUGUACUUCAGUUAAUUUUACUUGUCGCAAUGAUGAAUAUCUUUCAAGAUGAAAAGUUUGUGAUCAUCAAUGAGUUUGUUCGGAUGAUUCAGAUGAAGAUACAAGAUUUUGUUGUAAGAAAAUUAUUAUUUGAAAAUGAAUUUCGUUUGUUAUUAUUUCUUUUUAACACGUUAUUCUUGUUGACCAACUGAAUGUGGACAGUUAGGUGGUGGAUGGAUUCCAUAUAUUGAGCGAUAUGAUCGAAAAAUUGUUAAGUAAAAAAAAAGUUGUUAGCACAACUCUUGUGGGAUCAAAAUAUCGUUGGUUUACUUAAUCCUUCAGAUAUAUAAUUAGGAAAUGAUUCAUAUAUUAUAAGGAGAAAUGAUUGAUAUGUGGUCUCUGACUAGCGUUUGUUACGGUCUCUAGUAGUUCCAAUUUCUACUCCUAUAAUUCAACAUUUCUUUCAGAUAGUAUUUCACAAGAAAGAAGAUGAAUAUCUUUUUGAAAAUUUUUAUUAAAUAUAGGUUGGAAUGAUGAGAAUGCGACUGAUGAAGUCGAUUGUCCAUCUCGUAUUUGUAAUGGAACAAAUAGUAUGAAAUUUCCAACUAAUAAUAUUUGUAUUUAA